CCCAUCUUCUCCUGCUGGGUCAACUGUGUCAUGUGACUGUCAUAUGAUAGAUCGUGACGCCGUGUUGUAGUCAGUCAGCUGUUAGCGCUAGACAGUAACCGGGUGGAGCAGGAUUUUUACAUUUACAGCGGUGGAUAUAUUAUCACAGGAUGGAUAUCCGCGGGGCUGUGGACGCUGCAGUCCCAACCAACAUCAUUGCUGCAAAGGCAGCUGAGGUGCGGGCCAAUCUGGUCAACUGGCAGUCCUACCUACAGAGUCAGAUGAUCUCAGUAGAGGACUGUGAAUUCAUCAAGAAAUUUGAGGUGGCCAACUCUGAGGAGAAACAGGUCAUUCUGACCAAUGAAGGACAUCAGUGUGCAAAGACCUUUCUGAACUUGAUGGCGCACAUCUCCAAGGAGCAGACAGUCCAGUACAUCCUGACUCUGAUUGAUGACACUCUACAGGAGAACCAUCAGCGGGUCAAUAUCUUCUUUGACUACGCCAAAAAGACAAAGAACACCGCCUGGUCUUACUUCCUUCCCAUGCUGAACCGUCAGGACCUUUUUACUGUCCACAUGGCGGCGAGGAUCAUCGCAAAGCUGGCUGCAUGGGGCCGUGAUCUGAUGGAGGGAAGUGAUCUGAACUACUACUUCAACUGGAUCAAAAGCCAACUCAGUUCACAGAACCUACAUGGUACAGGUCCAGAAACAGGCUCAGGAGCAGGAACUAUUUCCCCCAGUGAAAGCUCUCAGUACGUCCAGUGUGUGGCUGGGUGCCUACAGCUGAUGUUGAGGGUGAAUGAGUAUAGGUUUGCCUGGGUGGAGGCUGAUGGAGUCAACUGCAUCACAGCGGUGCUGAGCAACAAGUGUGGCUUCCAGCUCCAGUACCAGAUGAUCUUCUGUGUUUGGCUCCUGGCCUUCAGUCCUCAGCUCUGUGAGCAGUUGAGACGCUAUAACGUAGUGCCAGCCCUGUCGGACAUCCUUCAGGAGUCUGUCAAGGAGAAGGUCACUCGAAUCAUUCUGGCUGCCUUCAGGAAUCUCUGGGGGAGCGGCAGAGAAGGGGACCGUAGGAUCCCGGCCUUUUCGUCAAAUUCUAAAACAAAAUUGGAAACCCUUUACCCAAAAAAUUAUGACGAGGAAUCCCGAGGACGCAAAUUCCGCUGGGGGGCUGGGAGAGACGUGCAGACUCAGUCUGGCGCCUGGAAAGGAGUCCGUGACAAGUCGGAAAGUUUUGGGGUAGAACGCCGUCCCCUGAACGGAAAAAUACGAGCUCCUCAGAUCUUGACUAGGCUUUUGGAGGUGUCUGAUGAUCCUCAAGUUAUAGCAGUGGCAGCUCAUGACAUCGGAGAGUAUGUGCGGCAUUACCCACGUGGAAAACGGGUGAUUGAGCAGCUGGGUGGAAAACAGCUGGUGAUGAAUCACAUGCACCAUGAGGACCAGCUUGUCCGUUACAACGCCCUGUUGGCUGUGCAGAAGCUCAUGGUCCACAACUGGGAGUACCUGGGAAGACAACUCCAGUCCACUGAUCAGCAGCAAGCUCCUGCCGUGGCAGCCCGAAGCUGAACUGUUCCCGUGCACAUGCGUUUGUGUAUUACUGUGUGUAUGAGUGUGUACUGUAUGCUAGUUGUUCUUUGCCAUUUUAAUAAUGGCUUGUUCAUUUUGUGUAACGGCUUGAAAAUCAAACGGUGUGGUUUCCUCCUUCAAUCUGCACCCUAUAUGAUUCUCGAUGUUUCUUGAUUUGACUGUCGUGCUUCGUGUCGUGCCCCUUGCGAAGUGAUAUAUGGUGAUUGAUGUCCCACUUUAAGUCUGUGAUGUACAAAAACUGCAACUUAUUUAAGUCUUACGUGUAAAACAUUGUAUGUAUCCUAAUAAAGAUGCUUAUCUAUGGUGUUA